AUGGUAACGGUGACAGAAAUGCGGCUGCCCGGCCCCUGCACCCGGGCUGUGGCGCUCCGAGCUCCGGGCUCCCGUUUCCCCCCUCAGGAAGCCCCCUGUCUGUCUGUCCGCACCUGGGGCUGCCCCUCCUCUGGUGGCCUUGUUCAGCUGCCGCCACCCAAACGCCGCAGCGGCACCCUCCAGGCGUGUGUGGGCCCUGCCCACAGUCCCCGGGCUGAUGCAGCCAGCACACGUCCCCAGCCCCAGGAGGCAGGCAGCGGGAAGGGGGUCACGCAGCGGGCACGGCAAAGGAGGGGCUCUCUCAGGGUGGCUACAGCCCAGAGGUCCAAGAGUGGGCACAUGCCCAGGGCACAGGCAGCACGGGCCUCACAUUCUUCUGUCUCGCCCUCCUCGUGGCUGCCCCCCCCCAUCCCCAGCAUCCUGGGGCGCAGCGGCCAGUGGCAGGGACACCGGACACGGGCGCGGAUUCCCGGGCGGCAGCACGCUCUGGACGACUCUGCCCUCGGCGCGCCUCUCCUCGGCGUGCACCUGUGCCCUGCGCCGCGGCGACCCAGCGGGUCCCUGUCCCGCACCCCUGGGUCCUAUCCACGGGCCUGGGGGCUGCGGGCCCGCGUGCAGCCGGGCCAGCCGCUGCCCAGCUACCAGGUGUCGGUGCCUGAGAACGAGCCCGCGGGCACGGCGGUCAUCGAGCUGCGCGCCCACGACCCCGACGAGGGCGAGGCGGGGCGCCUGAGCUACCAGAUGGAGGCGCUGUUCGACGAGCGCUCCAACGGCUACUUCCUCAUCGACUCGGCCACGGGCGCGGUCAGCACGGCCCGGGCCCUGGACCGCGAGACCAAGGACACGCACGUGCUGCGGGUCAGCGCCGUGGACCACGGCUCGCCGCGCCGCUCGGCCGCCACCUACCUCACCGUGACGGUCAGCGACACCAACGACCACAGCCCGGUCUUCGAGCAGUCCGAGUACCGCGAGCGCGUGCGCGAGAACCUGGAGCUGGGCUACGAGGUGCUGACCAUCCGCGCCACCGACGGCGACGCGCCCUCCAACGCUGACAUGCGCUACCGCCUGCUGGGGGGCGGCGGCGGCGUGUUCGAGAUCGACGCGCGCUCCGGGGUGGUGCGCACCCGCGCGCUGCUGGACCGCGAGGAGGCGGCCGAGUACCGCCUGCUGGUGGAGGCCAACGACCAGGGCCGCAACCCGGGCCCGCUCAGCGCCACGGCCACGGUGCACAUCGUGGUGGAGGACGAGAACGACAACUACCCCCAGUUCAGCGAGAAGCGCUACGUGGUGCGCGUGCCCGAGGACGUGGCCGUCAACACCCCCGUGCUCCGCGUGCAGGCCACGGACCGCGACCAGGGCCAGAACGCGGCCAUCCACUACAGCAUCGUCAGCGGCAACCUGAAGGGCCAGUUCUACCUCCACUCCCUGAGCGGGAGCCUGGACGUCAUCAACCCGCUGGACUUCGAGGCCAUCCGCGAGUACACGCUGCGCAUCAAGGCGCAGGACGGGGGCCGGCCCCCGCUCAUUAACUCCUCGGGCCUGGUGUCCGUGCAGGUGCUGGAUGUGAACGAUAACGCCCCCAUCUUCGUGAGCAGCCCCUUCCAGGCGGCCGUGGUGGAGAACGUGCCCGUGGGCCACUCCGUGCUGCACAUCCAGGCCGUGGACGCGGAUGCCGGGGAGAACGCACGCCUGCGCUAUCGCCUGGUGGACACGGCGUCCGCUGCCCUGGGUCGCGGCGGCAGCGCCGGUCCCGAGGACCCCGUCUCCGCCCGGGACUUUCCCUUCCAGAUCCACAACAGCUCGGGUUGGAUUACCGUGUGUGCCGACCUGGACCGGGAGGAGGUGGAACGCUACAGCUUUGGUGUGGAGGCGGUGGACCACGGCUCGCCACCCAUGAGCUCGUCGGCCAGCGUGUCCAUCACCGUGCUGGACGUAAACGACAACGACCCCAUGUUCACGCAGCCCGUGUACGAGCUCCGUCUGAACGAGGACGCGGCGGUGGGGAGCAGCGUGCUGACCCUGCAGGCCCGGGACCGCGACGCCAACAGCGUGAUCACCUACCAGCUGACCGGAGGCAACACCCGCAACCGCUUCGCGCUCAGCAGCCAGAGCGGCGGCGGCCUCAUCACCCUGGCGCUGCCGCUGGACUACAAGCAGGAGCGGCAGUACGUGCUGGCCGUGACGGCGUCCGACGGCACGCGCUCGCACACCGCGCAGGUCUUCAUCAACGUCACGGACGCCAACACCCAUCGGCCCGUGUUCCAGAGCUCCCACUACACAGUGAGCGUCAAGGAGGACCGGCCCGUGGGCACCUCCAUCGCCACCAUCAGUGCCAGCGACGAGGACACGGGGGAGAAUGCGCGCAUUACCUACGUGUUAGAGGACCCCGUGCCGCAGUUCCGGAUCGACCCCGACACCGGCACCAUCUACACCAUGACGGAGCUGGACUACGAGGACCAGGCCGCCUACACCCUGGCCAUCACUGCCAGGGACAACGGCAUCCCGCAGAAGUCAGACACCACCUCCCUGGAGAUCCUGAUCCUCGACGCCAACGACAACGCGCCCAGGUUCCUGCGGGAUUUCUACCAGGGCUCUGUGUUUGAGGACGCGCCCCCGUCCACCAGCGUCCUCCAAGUCUCUGCCACUGACCGGGACUCGGGCCCCAAUGGCCGCCUCGUGUACACCUUCCAGGGCGGGGAUGACGGCCAUGGAGACUUCUACAUCGAGCCCACGUCCGGCGUGGUCCGCACCCAGCGCCGGCUGGACCGAGAGAACGUGGCUGUGUACAACCUGCGAGCUCUGGCGGUGGACCGGGGCAGCCCGGCUCCCCUCAGCGCCUCUGUGGAGAUCCAGGUGGCUGUGCUGGAUAUCAACGACAACCCGCCUGUGUUCGAGAAGGAUGAGCUGGCGCUGUUUGUGGAGGAGAACAGCCCCGUGGGGUCCGUAGUGGCGAGGAUUCAGGCCCACGACCCGGACGAAGGCCCCAACGCGCAAAUCAUGUACCAGAUCGUAGAGGGCAAUGUGCCAGAGGUCUUCCAGCUGGACCUGCUGAGCGGGGACCUCCGAGCCCUGGUGGAGCUGGACUUUGAGGUCCAGAGGGACUACGUGUUGGUGGUCCAGGCUACGUCGGCCCCCCUGGUCAGCCGGGCCACGGUGCGCAUCCGCCUCUUGGAUCAGAACGACAAUCCACCCGAGCUGCCCGACUUCCAGAUUCUGUUCAACAACUAUGUCACCAACAAGUCCAACAGCUUCCCCAGUGGGGUGAUCGGACGCAUCCCAGCCCACGACCCCGACCUGUCGGACAGCCUCAACUACACCUUCCUGCAAGGCAACGAACUGCACCUGCUGCUGCUGGACCCCGCCACGGGCGACCUGCAGCUCAGCCGGGACCUGGACAACAACCGGCCGCUGGAGGCGCUCAUGGAGGUGUCUGUGUCCGACGGCCUCCACAGCGUCUCGGCCCUGUGCACGCUGCGCGUCAUCAUCAUCACGGACGACAUGCUCACCAACAGCAUCACCGUCCGCCUGGAGAACAUGUCCCAGGAGAAGUUCCUGUCCCCGCUGCUGUCCCUCUUCGUGGAGGGCGUGGCCACGGUGCUGGCCACCAGCAAGGACGACGUCUUCGUCUUCAACAUCCAGAACGACACGGACGUGAGCUCCAACAUCCUGAACGUGACGUUCUCGGCGCUGCUGCCGGGCGGCCGCUUCUUCCCGUCGGAGGAGCUGCAGGAGCACAUCUACCUGAACCGCACGCUGCUGGCGGCCAUCGCGGCGCAGCGCGUGCUGCCCUUCGAUGACAACAUCUGUCUGCGGGAGCCCUGCGAGAACUACAUGAAGUGCGUGUCGGUGCUGCGCUUCGACAGCUCCGCGCCCUUCGUCAGCUCCGCCACCGUGCUCUUCCGCCCCAUCCACCCCAUCACCGGCCUGCGCUGCCGCUGUCCGCCCGGCUUCACCGGCGACUACUGCGAGACCGAGAUCGACCUGUGCUACUCCAGCCCGUGCGGGGACCACGGCCGCUGCCUCAGCCGCGAGGGCGGCUACUCCUGCGAGUGCUUCCAGGACUUCACAGGGGACCACUGCCAGGUGAACGUCCGCUCGGGCCGCUGCGCCAACGGAGUGUGCAAGAACGGGGGCACGUGCGUGAACCUGCUGAUCGGCGGCUUUCACUGCAUGUGCCCGCCCGGCGAGUACGAGCGGCCCUUCUGCGAGGUCAGCACGCGCAGCUUCCCGCCACGGUCCUUCGUCACCUUCCGGGGCCUGCGGCAGCGCUUCCACUUCACCAUCUCCCUCACGUUUGCUACGCAGGAGAGGAAUGCGCUGCUGCUGUACAACGGCCGCUUCAAUGAGAAGCACGACUUCAUCGCCCUGGAGAUUGUGGAGGAGCAGGUGCAGCUCACCUUCUCUGCAGGGGAGACAACGACCACCGUGGUGCCCGUGGUCCCCGGAGGCGUGAGCGACGGGCGGUGGCACUCGGUGCUGGUGCAUUACUAUAACAAGCCCAACAUCGGCCGCCUGGGCCUGCCCCACGGGCCGUCCGGGGAGAAGGUGGCGGUGGUGACCGUGGACGAUUGUGACACAGCCGUGGCCGUGCACUUCGGUGGCUAUGUGGGGAACUACAGCUGCGCUGCGCAGGGCACCCAGAGCGGCUCGAAGAAGUCCCUGGAUCUCACCGGCCCACUGCUCCUGGGCGGCGUCCCCAACCUACCUGAAGAUUUCCCGGUGCACAACCGACAGUUUGUCGGCUGCAUGCGGAACCUGUCCAUUGACGGCCGGAGUGUGGACAUGGCGGGAUUCAUCGCCAACAAUGGCACCAGGGCGGGCUGUGCCGCCCAAAGGAACUUCUGCGACGGGACCUCAUGCCAGAACGGGGGCACCUGUGUGAACAGGUGGAACAUGUAUCUGUGCGAGUGCCCGCUCCACUUCGGCGGCAAGAACUGUGAGCAAGCCAUGCCCCAUGCCCAGCACUUCAGCGGGGAGAGCCUGGUGUCCUGGAGCGACCUGGACAUCACCAUCUCUGUGCCCUGGUACCUGGGGCUCAUGUUCCGGACCCAGAAGGAGGAUGGCGUGCUGCUAGAAGCCACGGCGGGCCUGUCCUCGGGGCUCCAUCUCCAGAUCCUGAACCACUACAUCCGGUUUGAGGUGUCCUACGGCUCCUCCGAUGUGGCGUCCUUGCAGCUGUCCCGGUUCCGGGUGACCGACGGGGCGUGGCACCACCUCCUGGUAGAGCUGCGGAGCGCCAAGGAGGGCAAGGACAUCAAGUACCUGGCGGUCGUGACCCUGGACUACGGGAUGGACCAGAACACGGUGCAGAUCGGGAACCAGCUCCCAGGGCUGAAGAUGCACAGCGUGGUGGUCGGGGGCGUGUCUGAGGACCAGGUCUCCGUGCGCCACGGCUUCCGAGGCUGCAUGCAGGGGGUGAGGAUGGGGGAGACGUCCACCAACAUUGCCACGCUGAACAUGAAUGACGCGCUGAAGGUCCGGGUGCGGGACGGCUGCAGCGUGGAGAACCCGUGCGCCUCGGGCCCCUGCCCCCCGCACAGCCGCUGCCAGGACACCUGGGACGGCUACUCCUGCGUGUGUGACAAAGGGUACUUUGGACAGAAGUGCGUGGACGCCUGUCACCUGAACCCCUGCAAGCACGCCGCGGCCUGCGUGCGCCCCCCGGGCUCCCCGCGGGGCUAUGCGUGCGAGUGUGGACCGGGCCACUACGGGCCGUACUGCGAGAACAAAGUGGACCUUCCAUGCCCCAAAGGCUGGUGGGGGAACCCCAUCUGCGGCCCCUGCCACUGUGCCGUCAGCCAGGGCUUCGAUCCCGACUGCAACAAGACCAACGGCCAGUGCCAGUGCAAGGAGAAUUACUACAAGCCCCCCGCCCAGGACGCCUGCCUGCCAUGCGACUGCUUCCCGCAUGGCUCCCGCAGCCGGGCCUGCAACAUGGACACGGGACAGUGUGCCUGCAAGCCGGGCGUCAUCGGCCGCCAGUGCAACCGCUGCGACAGCCCCUUCGCCGAAGUCACCGCGCUGGGCUGCGAAGUGAUCUACAGCGGGUGUCCCAGAGCAUUUGAGGCUGGCAUCUGGUGGCCACAGACCAAGUUUGGGCAACCGGCCGCAGUGCCAUGCCCGAAAGGAUCAGUGGGAAACGCCAUUCGGCACUGCAGCGGGGAGAAGGGCUGGCUGCCCCCGGAGCUCUUCAACUGUACCACAGGCUCCUUCCUGGACCUCAAGGUCAUGAACGACAAGCUGAGCCGCAACGAGACGCAGAUGGACGGCGACGGGUCCCUGAGGCUGGCGAGGGCCCUGCGGAACGCCACGCACCAGGGCGGCGUGCUCUUCAGCAAUGACGUGCGCACAGCCUACCAGCUGCUGGCCCGCGUCCUGCAGCAUGAGAGCCAGCAGCAGGGCUUCGAGCUGGCCGCCACGCGCGACGUCAACUUCCACCAGGAUGUGGUCCAGGCGGGCAGCGCCCUCCUGGCGCCGGCCACCAGGGCGUCGUGGGAGCAGAUCCAGCGGAGCCAGGGAGGGGCCGCGCAGCUGCUGCAGCGCUUCGAGGCCUACUUCAGCACCGUGGCGCGCAACGUGAGGCGCACCUACCUCAGGCCCUUCGUCAUCGUCACCGCCAACAUGAUUCUUGCAGUCGAUGUCUUUGACAAGUUCAACUUCACGGGUGCCCGCGUGCCGCGGUUCGAGGCCGUUCAGGACGAGCUCCCGAGAGGCUUGGAGUCCUUCGUGUCCUUCCCAGCAGACAUCUUCAAGCCACCCGAGAGAAAAGAGGGCCCCGGGGUGAGGGCAGCCAUCCGGAGAGCCGUCCCGACAGCCCGCCCAGAGCCCGGGCCCAGCAGGCGCAGGCGACACCCGGAGGACCCUGGCCAGUUUGCUGUCGCCCUGGUCAUUGUUUACCGGACACUGGGCCAGCUCCUGCCUGAACGCUACGACCCAGACCGUCGCAGCCUUCGCCUUCCCAGCCGGCCCACCAUCAACACGGCCGUGGUGAGCACCCUGCUGUACAGCGAGGGCCCCCCGCCCCCCGCACCCCCGCCCGGGCCCGUGCUGGUGGACUUCGCCCUGCUGGAGACGGAGGAGCGGACCAAGCCCGUCUGUGUGUUCUGGAACCAUUCCCUCGACGUUGGCGGGACCGGAGGCUGGUCAGCCAAGGGCUGUGAACUCGUGUCCCGGAACCGGACGCACAUCACCUGUCGGUGCAGCCACAUGGCCAGCUACGCGGUGCUCAUGGACAUCUCCAGGCGCGAGCACGGGGAGGUCCUGCCUCUGAAGAUCGUCACCUACACGGCCGUAGCCGCGUCGCUGGCAGCCCUGCUGGUGACCUUCGUCCUGCUGGCCCUGGCCCGCACGCUGCGCUCCAACCUGCACAGCAUCCACAAGAACCUCACGGGGGCGCUCUUCUCCUCCCAGCUGGUCUUCGUGGUUGGCAUCAACCGCACGGAGAACCCGUUCCUCUGCUCGGUCGUGGCCAUCCUCCUGCACUACGUGUACAUGAGCGCCUUCGCCUGGACGCUGGUGGAGCACCUGCAUGUCUACCGCAUGCUCACCGAGCUGCGCAACAUCGACGCCGGGCCCAUGAGGUUCUACCACGUGGUGGGCUGGGGCAUCCCAGCCAUCAUCACAGGACUGGCUGUUGGCCUGGACCCCCAGGGCUACGGGAACCCCGACUUCUGCUGGCUGUCCCUUCAGGACACCCUCAUCUGGAGCCUGGCUGGGCCCAUUGGAGCCAUGAUCCUCAUCAAUACAGUCAUUUUCGUCUUGUCUGCAAAAGUUUCCUGCCAAAGAAAACACCAUUACUAUGAAAGAAAGGGGGUUGUCUCCCUGCUGAGGACGGCCUUUGUCCUGCUGCUGCUCGUUAGCGCCACCUGGCUGCUGGGGCUGCUGGCCGUGAAUGGCGACACGCUCACCUUCCACUGCCUCUUUGCGGCCUUCAGCUGCUUGCAGGGCCUCUUCGUCCUCCUGUUCCACUGCCUGUUCCACAGGGAGGUGCGGAGGCACCUGAGGGCCGUGCUGGCCGGGAAGAAGCCGCACCUGGAGGACGCGUCCCCCACGAAGGCCACCCUGCUGACGCGCUCCCUCAACUGCAACCACACGUUCAGCGAGGGCCCCGACAUGCUGCGCACCACGCUGGGCGAGUCCACCGCCUCGCUGGACAGCACCGCCAGGGACGAAGGGCUCCAGAAGCUCAGCGUGUGUUCCGGGCCGGCACGAGGAGGCCUUGGGGAGCCAGAGGCAAACUUCAUCCCCAGGAACCCCACGAAAACCCACGGCCCGGACUCGGACUCGGACAGCGAGCUGUCCCUGGACGAGCAGAGCAGCUCCUACGCCUCAUCCCGCUCCUCGGACAGCGAAGACGACGGCGGAGACGCUGAGGAGCAGUGGGACCCAGCCGGGGGCCCUGUCCACAGCACCCCCAAAGCCGACGCUCUGGGCAGCCACGUGCCUGGCGAGUGGCCGGACGAGAGCCUGGCCGGAAGCGACAGUGAGGAGGAGGCGGGUGCCGAGCCCCGGCUCAAGGUGGAGACGAAGGUCAGCGUGGAGCUGCACCGGCCGGAGCAGGGCAACCACUGCAGCGAGCGGCCCCCCAACCGGGGCAGCGGCGGCCUGGCCAAGCCUGCCGCCGAGCAGAGGAAAGGCAUCCUGAAGAACAAAGUCACCUACCCGCCGCCGCUGCCCGAACAGCCGCUCAAGUGCCGGCUGCGGGAGAAGCUGGCGGACUGCGAGCACAGCCCCGCGUCCUCGCGCACAUCCUCCCUGGCCUCCGGCGACGGGGUCCGCGCCCCCGAGGGCAUCAUCAGCGUGACGGCCCCGUGGAGGGAGCCGGGCCGAGAGCACCGCAACGGCGCGGCCAUGAGCGUGUGCACGGGGAGCGCCCAGGCCAACGGCUCCGACUCCGAAGGCAGUAAUGAAACUUCAAUUUGAACCGUCAGGAAACCAUGAGGCACUGGUCGCCCCCCAGCCGCGUGCGUCCCAGCCUGGACCGCAGAGCCCGAGCGCGGCCCCACAGAUGGUCCGGACAUGAAACGCUCGGCCGGGGCGGGGAUUGGGGCCCAUCGGGCGCCCUGAGCAGUGCCAAAGCCACAGGCUUGUCUCAAAGGGAACGAGGCCUCCAGACCGGCAUAGCUCGGUCCUCAGACCACACAGAGCCAAAGCCACGCCACAGGGCCGGCACCCAGGACGACCCUGCUUGGAAGUGCCAGGGCCAGGCCUUGGGCUCACCAGGAUGUGAGGGCCCCCGGCACAGACGGAGGCCUGGCGGCCGCUGCCAAACCAACCCCAUCUUUUUCAAGUGAAUGACUGUUCAGCCUCUGCCUGCUCUGCGCUGGAGGAGACGGAAGCCCGUACCGUGCCUCGUGCAACUGUUGCUACCC